CAACCAGUGCAGUUUCAUGGAAUCACCUUCUUCUGAAACAUUACCUCGUCAUCCAUCAUCUCACACCAGCUGCAUCAUAUCCUAACGGUUUCCAUGACGUCCUAUAUAGGCAAAUACCCAAUGUUUAAAGGAUAUUUUGAGUGCAAGCCGUAACGGCAACCUUCCUUCUUUUCUCUGGCGAGAGGAACCAAUACCAUGCCAUGCAACACUCCUUUCCUUUCGUUCCAUAGUCAGAUCUGUUUAUCCUUCCCGAACUCUAUCUAUCCAAUUAUUAUAUGAUUUCUAAUCCCCGGUUACUAUAGUUAUUAUUACUCUCUCUCCAUCAUGGAAACCGAGCUCAAAUCCAUGAAUCCGGACCCCCCCAAACCCGAACAACCCCACACGUCUUCCCGAGACGAAGGGUCCUACUCGAAAGACGACCGUCCGCUUCUUAAAUCGGAACCGAACCGAGUCAACUCAGUGACAACAGAGAAGAACAUAGAGGAGCUGGAGAAAAAUUUUGUUGCAUUCGUCCGCAGUGACGUGUACGGUUCGAUGGGACGUGGGGAGUUACCAUUGGUUGAGAAAGUUCUUUCAGCAAUCGCGGUGGUUACACUAUUGCCGAUACGAUUCGUGCUUGCAUUGGUUAUAUUGGUGGUGUAUUAAUUAUUAUGUUAUUUGUAGGUUUGUACGCUGUUUUCGGCGCCGAAUCGGGAUGAGGAGGAGGGGCAGGAGGAUUUUGCUCAUAUGGGAGGGUGGAGAAGGGCGGUUAUUGUUUGGUGUGGGAGGUUUUUGUCUAGAUUAAUGCUUUUCGUGUUAGGGUUUUAUUGGAUUAGUGAAAGCUAUAGAGAUAUUGAACUGCCUAAUCAAAUUAAAUCUUCCUCCCGGAAUGAGGGAAAAGAUCAAUCUGAAGAUCUGGAAAGAUCGGGGGCAAUACUAUCAAAUCAUGUUUCGUAUUUAGAUAUCUUGUACCACAUGUCUGCUUCUUUUCCAAGGUUUGUUGCCAAGAGAUCAGUGGCUAAACUUCCUUUAGUUGGUCUCAUCAGCAAGUGCCUUGGUUGUGUAUAUGUUCAGCGGGAUUCCAGGUCAUCUGACUUCAAGGGUGUUUCAGGCGUUGUGACUAAAGGAGUCGAAGAAGCUCACGAAAAUAGAUCUGCUCCGAUGAUGAUGCUUUUUCCUGAAGGCACGACAACAAACGGAGAGUUCCUUCUACCAUUUAAGACAGGUGCAUUCUUAGCUACAGCUCCUGUACGUCCAGUGAUUCUUAGGUAUCCAUACCAGCGAUUCAGUCUUGCCUGGGAUUCAGUAUCUGGGGCAGGUCAUGCUUUCUAUCUUUUCUGUCAAUUCAUGAAUCAAAUGGAAGCAAUAUGGCUUCCUGUUUACUACCCAUCACAAGAAGAGAAGGAUGAUCCAAAGCUAUAUGCUAGCAAUGUCCGACGGUUGAUGGCUUGUGAGGGUCAUUUAAUAAUGUCAGAUAUUGGACUUGCUGAGAAGCGAAUAUAUCAUGCUGCUCUGAAUGGUUUGUUUUGACAAUGCUAAUUAGGAUUCGCCCUCUGUAUAUUUUACAGUACGAUUCUAAGAUUAACAGAAAAGAUUAAAAACUCUAGGAAUCAUGAGCAGGAUAGUGUCUCGUAUGUCCUCGAUUGGAGAUGCAUUUACCUGGAUUUUGUAGAAUCUUUGUGGAGCUGAACUGGCGUUUACAAAGCAGGGCAUUUACUUUUGAUUCCACAUCUUUUUAUCUGGUAGCAAUCGGGGAGUUCUAUAUGUUACACAUAGAGGUGGCUCAUACACUACCAUUGCUACUAAAAGGAUCAAUUAGAUUUCAGAGUUCACAAUGCGUACUUGAUUUGUAUCUGAUGAAUUCAGAUUUUUGUUGAGGGGCGGGCAAGUUAUCUUCUUAACAC